CAGUUUUUCGUUAUCAUACUAGGUACGAACUUUCACUUUCACUGAACUUUUUCUGAAAAGUUGAGUUCCGUUGAGUUUAAUUGAGUUCAUUUCAUACUCAACUGAAUUAACUGAAAAACAUACUGUUCAUCUUUUUUUUCGAUUUUAUUAUGGAGUGUAAAAAAUAGUGAUGUUGAUUAAUAGAAAAUUUCUAUUCACAUUAUCUAAACGAUGUUUCUGUGUAAAGACAGAUGCCAAACCAAUUUCAAUUUGUGUUGUUGGAAGUGGACCGGCUGGCUUUUACUGCUGUCAGGGAUUAUUGAAAAAUUUACCUGCAUCGAAUAUCGACAUCUAUGAAAAAUUACCUGUACCGUUUGGACUAGUGCGUUAUGGAGUAGCACCCGAUCAUCCCGAAGUAAAAAAUGUUAUUAAUAGUUUCAGUAAAACGGCUUCCGAUCCUCGAAUCAAGUUUAUUGGCAACGUGACUCUGGGUAAAGAUGUUUCUCUGAAAGACUUACAGAAAGCUUACAAUGUUGUUGUGUUGGCGUACGGAGCUGAUCAAGAUGUAAAAUUGGGGAUUCCCGGAGAGAAUUUAGAUAACGUUAUUUCAGCCAGGAGAUUCGUAGGAUGGUAUAACGGACUACCAAGUGACAAGGAUUUGCCCAUCAAUUUCAAUGCGGAAACUGUGUCGAUAUUUGGACAAGGAAAUGUUGCUAUAGAUGUUGCUAGAAUUCUUCUAAAAUCAGUCGAUGAAUUGAAGAAAACUGAUAUUACUGAUUAUUCCUUGAGCAAAUUAGCUGAAUCAAAAAUAAAACGAGUGAUGUUGAUUGGUAGAAGAGGCCCAUUACAAGUAGCAUUCAGUAUAAAAGAAUUGCGUGAAGUGCUCAAGUUGCCAGAUAUAGAAGUGAGGAUAGAUGAAUCGCUUUUUGAAGAUGUUAAAGAAGCGCUACCCAAUUUGCCACGUCCAAAAAAAAGAUUAGCGGAGUUAAUGCUCAAGGCAUCCAGUGAAUUCAAAAAGCAUGAGUUCAAGAAAAGCUUCCAGAUUUUAUUUUUGCGUUCACCUUUGGAAAUCUGUGGCUCAAAUUCUGCGAAGGAAGUGACGCUUGGGAUUAAUUCUUUGGAAAGUUUACCGAACGUCGACCCUCAUAAUCAAAAGGCGAAACUGACUGAUGUAAAGGAAUCGUUAGCUUGUGAAUUGGUAUUCAGGAGUAUUGGUUAUAAGAGCUCAGUUGCUGAUGAAGAUGUACCGUUUUUAUCAAAAAACUGUAUUGGUUCAACAAAAGUGUUACCGGGAGUCUAUAGUGCUGGUUGGGUAUCCACUGGACCAACUGGUGUUAUACUGUCCACUAUGACUAAUGCUUUUGAUACAGUCAAUGUUAUCGUAAAUGACAUGAAAAAUGGUAAAAUAGAACUGGAUAAAGAAAAGCACGGAUACGAUGUUAUUAAAAAGAUUUUGAAAGAUAAAAACGUCGUCACUGUUGAUUGGGCAGGAUGGACAAAAAUUGAUGAAGUGGAAAUGCAACGUGGAAAGGAGCAUGAUAAACCUAGAGAGAAAAUAGUGGAUAUAAAUGAAAUGCUGAAAAUUGGCGGCGAUAUUAACUAACUGACUUUCGGUCGGAAUAUGUUUUCUUAAAUGAAAAAAACAACUGAAUAUUUAUUGUUUAUUGUAAACAGGAAAAAUAUUUCAACGUCAAGUUAUGCUUAAAUUUAAUGGUAUAGCAUACUGGUUUUUCGUAUAGGUAACUAUUGUAAAUACUGAAAAAUAGUUAAGAAUGUGUUUCGUUCUGAGGGGCCGAGGGGGAAAUUUAAUGUUAUUAAUGCUUACUCUUCAAGUAAGGUAAGCUCAGAUCACCCACAGAAGAAGAAUUGCUCUUAUUUUUUGUGAUAUCGUCUGUUUUAAUUGUUUUUAAAUUUUCAUAUUUUGUUUUUUGUUUUAUAGAUUCUUCUUUUUUACAGUUUUUAUGUUCAUUGCUACUCAGAUAUCUGUAAUACAUACAAUAUUUGAUUGUUAAA